CUCGACCGCGAGAUUUGCGUGGUUUUCGGAUGCCACUCUGCGGGCCAUUGUUCGGCAUGGUGGAGAAAGGCUCAACAGAAAAGUAUGUGACAGCCGAUAUCAACUAAUGCAAGUAUGUUCGACUUUGCUGGAAGGUCGUGUCGGGGUUGGAGCACGGGCCGAGACUGCGGGGAGCCACGCGGAAGCAGGGAACAAGUUGGCUCUGGCCCGGAUUUCUUGGCAAUUUUGGUUAACCACGGUGACGGGCAAGAUACGUGGAAAUAAAGGCCCUUGAUUAAAUUGGCAAUAAUAUGAGUGUGACCCUAACCAUAGUUAGAGAAUCUUUGUCCGUUUCAAUUUCCGAACCACGCCGAGCUGUAAGCCCCUCUUGCCCCCGGCCGGCGCUUGGAGAUACCGCAUUAGUCAUAAGUACGAGCCUGCCUCGAGACGAGCAUCUUUCAUCAUGAGCUCGAGCUCAAUUAAAGAACAUGAGAAAACCCCAUGUUGAUAGUGUUGCUUUGACACACAAGAACAAUUCAGUGAUCAUCUAUAACCCCGCUUUACAAUGACUCGGCGUGCAGCAACUAAGACCCUGCAAAUCCUGGAUGCAGCGGAAAAAGGCCAAUAUGGCGUUCUGGCAGCAAUCGCCUAUAACGUCGAACAUAUCACUGCAUUCGUCCGAGCAGCUGAGAACCGCAAGUCGCCGUUAAUCAUACAAUUAUUCCCUUCGGCGCUGACCCAAACACCGUCGCUUGUUCAUGCAGCUGCAGCCGCAGCGAGAGCAGCCUCCGUUCCUAUCUCACUUCAUCUUGACCACGCACAAAACUAUGAUCAAAUCAAAGAGAUAGCGGACAGUCUACCGUUUGACUCGAUAAUGGUGGAUAUGAGCCAUUAUGAGAAGGAGGAAAACUUGGAAAGAACCGCAGCUUUGCGUGAAUAUUGUCACGCUAGAGGGAUAUCGACAGAGGCCGAGACGGGGCGAAUCGAAGGUGGCGAAGAUGGAAUUAUGGAUACAGGUGACCUGGAAGGAAUCUUAACUAGUCCUGAAGAUGUAGAAGACUUCAUACGUGCGGGGGUUGACUAUCUGGCUCCGAGCGUUGGCAACCUCCACGGUGAUUAUGGUCCCAAAGGACCUCAACCAGAUAUGGACCGGCUUCGCGGAAUUUUCAAAGCACUGGAUGGGCGUGCCCGAUUGGUGUUACAUGGAACUAACGACUUUUCCCCGGAGCUGUCGAGAGCGUGCAUUCAAGCAGGUGUCACCAAGUUCAACGUCAACAAACUUGUUUUGGACCCGUGGUAUGACUAUAUUAGGGCUAAUAUCAACAAGCCGAUAACGCAGGUGAUUGAUGAAGGAAUUGAGAUUCUUAUACAGUCGAUGGAGCGGUGGAUGGACAUAAUGGGCAGCAGUGGAAAGGCAGAAUAG